GUUGGGUCCAGUCUCCGGACCUCGAGCUAUUGCUGAAUUUCAAUAAUCUGCGCCUGCGGAAAGGGAGCCUGGGAUAGUAAGAGUUUCUCUUUGUCAUCAGAUGGAGGGCCGCGGAUUAGACACCCCCGCGUAAAGUCAGCGAUGGGACAUGUCUGCUUAUUGACCAAUGGCUGCUGCUGAUGUUAUCGGGCAGAGCUCGGAGCUGCCUAUGAUAGGGCUCAUGUGCAGGCAGGUCGGGCGAUAGGGGCAAUCUGAUCGCAACUGGAAUACUGUGUAAUGUUACAGGGGGCACACUCUGCCCUGGGACAGGGAGGCCUUUUAUAUAGGCGGAAAGCAUGUCCUAAUAGUGACACCAGUGUUACUUACAUGUUGUAUAUUAGGGGUGUGCAGCCCUCCAGCUGUGAAUUCAUUGCAACUCCAGCCUCCCACUGGCAGACCAAGGCUUCCGCAAGAACUGGAGGACCCCAGGGUGGAUAUCCAGAAGCCCCUGACUUAUUGCCAUGACCUGUAACUCUGGCUGGUCUUUAGUGCAGUCUCAGAGCCCAGAGCAGUCCAUGGUUGAGAUGGGGAGGCAGCAGACUUGGGGAGAAUAACUUUUGGCCUGGAAGCACAGACUGAAUAUCCUGUUCCUGCAGGGAUCAAACAGAGAAAUGCCCUGCGCCUGGCACACACAGGACAUCACUAUUCUUUGCUAAGAGCUUAUUAUCUCGGGCAUCAUGAAGCUGAAGCAGCGGGUCGUUGUCUUGGCACUGCUGCUGGUGAUUUUGGUUCUCACCAAACUUUUUUUAUUGGACCGACUGGAGACCUCUGCUGCUCAGAGACAGGACCAGCUGUCUUUUCAGCGCAUGAUGUCCAGCUUGCGGCUUACCUUGAACUCCCGUUUGGAACAUACCCUGCAGUCCCCUUGGGAGAUUGCAUCCCAGUGGGUUGUACCACGGGAAGUGUAUCCUGAGGAUAGCCCAGAAAUGGGAGCAGUCUUGCAUUCUAUGGCAAACAAGAAAAUUGUGAGAGCCGAUGUUGGCUACAAAGGCACACAGCUCAAAGCUUUGCUUGUCCUGGAAGGUGGACAAAAGGUGGUAUUUAAGCCCAAAAGGUACAGCCGUGAUUAUGUUGUGGAAGGGGAGCCUUACGCUGGGUACGACAGACACAAUGCUGAAGUGGCUGCUUUUCAUUUAGACAGAAUCCUGGGCUUCAGACGAGCUCCUCUAGUUGUUGGGCGAUAUGUGAAUCUUAUCACUGAGAUCAAACCUGUAGCUACUGAGCAGCUUCUAAGCACCUUUCUUAAGCAGGGUAACAAUACCUGCUUCUAUGGGAAGUGCUACUACUGCCGUGAGACAGAGCCUGCCUGUGCAGAACGAGAACUAAUGGAAGGUACUGUCACACUAUGGCUCCCCGAUGUGUGGCCCCUGCAGAAGCAUCGACACCCCUGGGGAAGGACCUACCGCGAGGGAAAGUUGGCACGGUGGGAAUAUGAUGAAAGUUACUGUGAUGCCGUGAAGAAGACCUCACCUUAUGACUCUGGACCAAGACUCCUUGAUGUUAUUGAUACAGCUAUUUUUGAUUUCCUGAUUGGAAAUGCAGAUCGUCAUCAUUAUGAAAGCUUUCAAGAUGACGAGGGUGGCAGUAUGCUAAUACUACUGGACAAUGCUAAGAGUUUUGGGAAUCCAUUGGUAGAUGAAAGAAGUAUUUUGGCUCCCCUGUACCAGUGCUGCAUUAUCCGUGUUUCCACAUGGAACCGUCUUUCUCACUUGAAGCAUGGAACUCUGCGCUCCACUUUAUUGACUGCUACUUCUCAUGAUCCCAUCUCUCCAGUGCUGUCAGAAGCUCACCUUGAUGCUUUAGAGCGCCGACUUCAGACCAUAUUGGCGACAGUUGAGCAGUGCAUAGGACAGUUUGGAGCAGAUGUGGUCAUGGUGGAGGACAGGAUGACUUUUACCCAUAUGUAACUCCAUUGUUGUCCCAAAGAAACAGAAGAAAACAUCCCUAUGGGGUUGGGUUUGUUUCUACGGUACAUCUUGACUUUUGUGCAUUGGAAUUGACCCUCAAAGCAGCACAAAGCAUCUACAGAUGCCACACCCACCAGACUGCAAUUCAUCUACUGCUUGCAUCUCAAUGAACUAAUGGUAGACUGGGAGAGAAGAAUCUCCUUGCCACAUUCCAGUCUCUGCUAUUUGACCUUUUGCCAAUGAUGCUUCAUAGCACUACAUAGGGACUUAAUGAGCCCGUAACGGUGUGGGUAUUAAGCAGCUGUCGAAGAGAAUGGAGAAUUUAUUUUCAAGUCAUAAUUUAUUCUUUGUUUUUUAUUUGUAAGGGCGUCAAGCUCAUUUUUAAUACUUGGGUGUCUGUUUUUAUGAUGGCUGCUAGGUGCAGAACCAUUUGCUUUUCACUUCUCUGCUUUACUUCUAUUGCUUCUUGUAAAUUAUUAGACUAUUUAAAUUUAUGGACUAAUUCAGGAAAAGGAUAUUGAGGAACCUGUUGGGGCAUAAUAUCCAUUCACACCUGCAAAUCCUGAUGCAAUUACAGUCUCAAUAUUCGCAACUUUCUAAACUACUGACUGCGUAGUUUUGUCGCUCGUCUUCUGGCUCUGGCAUAUUAAGCCACAAAAUCUUCUUUCUCUAACAUUUGUUUCUAUAACCUUUCAUUCUCAGAGAGCCACAGCGUAGGGAUAUCCCACAGGUCACCCCAUAUGUUUUUGAGCCUUCCAAUUUCAGAAAGGCCCCCCUUUAUUAAGAAUAGGCUGCGUGCAUGUAUAUAAACAGGGCUCUUUCAGUGCCCCAACCUAAGAAACCUCGCAAUGAACGGUAGAAAAGGGCAUUUUUGGCAACCUCAGUAGAUCAGUGGUGCUGAUGUUUUCUAACCUCACUUAAAUAAUUUAUAUUUCCAUUGCUAGAAGGUGAGGAGUUGUACCGUUUUCCUCAUUCCCUUCAAGCUUUCUAUAAAUCAUUUGCACUUGAGGCGUGGUGCCUGCAAGUCAGUUCUUCGAAUGAUUGUGCUCCUCUUCAACAUGACUGAUAUAUGAUAUAUUUAUUUUCUUGGAAUGAAAUGAGGAUUGUGUAUAGUAAGACAAAGAAGAAUUCUAUGGCGUCAGGACUGUUGGAUUUGCAGCCUCCAGCUGUUGAAUAACAGCUCACUAUACACUGGCAGACAUUGCUGAGAGCUGUGUAUACAAAGUUGCAGGCUGCAUUAUGGGGGAAAUAUGUCUGAUUUAUUUUGAGUAAAGUAGGAAAAAUCAUAUGUGUUUUAAGCUAUGGUUAUUGUUCCGUUUCCUUUUUAAUUAGGCACUGGUAAUCUUUUAUUUUAAAGUAAUACUGAUCUUAAAUGUUUGCAUCAUUCUGGUAAAUAAUGUUUUGCUUUUUGUUAUUUUUGAAAGCCAGUUCUCCAUGUUUUGACAUUCUCUUUUGUAUAAUGUGCCAUUUUGCUAAAAAAAAAAAAGAUGUAUCUGAUGCAAUUUAUGUUAUGCUGCUAGCUCCAAUUUAAUGGUAACGUUGGAUUACUUUAUUGGAUUAUUGGUUGUGCAAAAGAAAACCCCAAAACCUGAAUGUUGCUUAGUGCAAACAGAACAGGAUUUCUGUUCAAGUGUGUAUGGCUGUUCUGAGCUGAACUGACCGAUUACAAGACUGCCCCUUGUAUGUCCGAUAAUAGCAUCACCCAGUUCUUUACACAAUUGAUGAGCACAGCUUCAUGGUAAUUUCAAGUUAAGAAUUCAGUGUUGUCAUUGGUUUCCACCUGAAAUGGGGGUGGAGGUGCAGUUUGUGAGGGGCUGAUGUAAGUGAUUAUAAUUACUGGAGGUGCAUUACAAAUUGUCAUCCCUUCCAGAAAUAGUCUUCCUUAAAUGGUACCAAAUUCAACCUUUCUCUCUGUUCCUGAUAUAAUUUCUGUUCAGGCUGUUUUUUUUAAAUCUUGUUUUGUAACUUUGUUUCCGUGCAAUAUCCCGCUGCUUGACGAUAGUCCUACAAAAGGAGCCAGGAGCAGAGAAAGAGAGGGCAUUGUUCUUUCUAACUGCAAAUAUAGUCUUCAUAUAGUUCUGUUCAUUAAGGAAAGUCACUGAUGCUGUUAUUAUGUAUCAGGACCUGUCCCCUCCCUUCAUUAUUCUUACCAGCGCUGGGCCAAGACGCAAGGAAAAUGGCUGAGGAGGAAUAAAUACAGUGUAAGAAGAGAGAAUAUGUUCAGUAGGAAAAAAUAAAAGAUACAAGAAAUCUAA